UCCGCCAUUGGCGAAUGGAGAUUGAUUAAAAACGGAGUGUCUACACAGUAGGUUGCACUUGCAUCAAUGGAAGCGACGAUGGCCGGACUUUAUCCGUGGGGACGGCAGCAGAGGUGGAUAAAGCAUUACUCGUCGAUCCACGACAUAUUGUUGGUAGGAGAAGGAGAUUUUUCAUUUUCACUCUGUUUAGCUAUAGCCUUCGCAACCGCCACCAACAUUGUUACAACUUCCUUGGAUACUUACGAUGAUUUGCUAAGGAAAUAUCCGUAUGCAAGUGAGAAUUUGGCAAUGUUGGGAGCCUUAGGUGCAUCCCUGAUGCACGGUGUGGAUGCGACUAAAAUGAGCAAUCUUGAUUGUCUUCGGUGGAAAAGAUUUCAUCGGAUCAUCUUCAACUUUCCCCAUGCUGGAUUUUUGGGCAAGGAAGACAGUCCGGAUCUUAUCAAGAAGCACAGGGAACUCGUCCGGGGAUUCUUGAUGAAUGCAAGCAGAAUGCUGUGGCCGAAUGGCGAGAUUCACAUCAAUCACAAGAUCACCCUUCCAUUCAGCCAUUGGAAGAUUGAAGAUCUUGCACCAGAGUGUUCGUUGACCUUCAUUGGCGCAGACAUGUUCAGAAUUAAAGAUUACCCUGGUUACGAAAACAAAAGGGGAUCAGGCUUGAGACCCAAUGACCAAUUUCGCCUAGGAGAAUGCAGAACCUUCAAGUUCAAACCUUGCCCUUCUCUUAUAACCACUCCUAAGCCCACAGCAAUGUCCCCGAACAUUCAAACUCCUGUCAAUCUGCCGCCAGAGUCGGUUCCCUUCCUGUUGCAGCCUCAGCCAAGCCUGCAGCUUUAUGAUAACAUAUAUUCAUCUAAUGAACAAACAGACGAGUGCUGGAGGAUAUUCGGGGAGUAUCUUAACCAUGUGGAGGAAACAUUCGGAAGCAAAAAUUAUGAUGAUGCUGCUCAGUCUAUUCGUGAAGCUCUGAAGCAUGGCUACCAGAGAUACAUGAGUGAAGCUCCGCCGGGGAGGCGGCUGAGUGGAUACAUUUCCAUUUUGGAAGAGCUUUACCGAAUGAGCUCUUUCCGAUUGCAGAAAUUGAAGGAGAGGGUGCCGUUAUUACGUCGAUAAGGUGCCUUUAUCAGCAGGGAAGUAUAUAUGUAUAUGUAUAUGUUUUCAUAUCCCGUUAAGGUACUGGAAAAUAUUCUCAGUUAAGAUUUCUACUUUUUGUCCA